AUCUUGGCCUGCCUUCUUGUUCUUGCCAUCAGCAUGCCACUGUCUGAUGCUUCUUGUUUCUAUAUGCCAUUCAAGCCAGGGAUGUCUAAUGGUGUGGUUGUAGGCUGCCUUGACGGGGAAGGAAAUGUCCAUGAAUUUGAUUCCAGAUGGAGGACUGAGGACUGUGACGAUUGCUCCUGUUCCAAGACUGGAAUUGGCUGCUGCACUAGCUAUAUGACACCAGUCGACUAUGAUGAAGAGAAAUGUCAAAGCAUUUUCAACAAGGAGACUUGCUCUUAUAAAGUAGUGGAGAAAGAUGAUCACUCAAAAGAAUGCCCAGUCCAUUCAUGGGUGGGGUAA